UGGAAGAAAGAAAAAGGGAAGGAAGGAGAAGAUUUCGUCUUCUUAUGAAUUCUUUAUUGAUUUCUUUAAGAUUGAGUUUUGUAGUUUUGUUUUUGUCCCUUAAUCCAACAGUUGAUGAACAUAAAAACAUAUCUAGUGUGAGACACUCUGCCUUCUCUCUACAAAACCCAACCGACAAGUUUUCCUUCUCCUCCCCCCUCUCUUGCCAGAUCUAGAUCGUUUUCCGAUCUGGAUCUCUGGUUUGAGAGUUGGGGGAGCGACUAAUCUUCAAUUUUCCCUCUUCUAGAGGCUUUUUGUAUCUCUCUUUUGGUUUGUUUUUUUUUUCGUUUUCUUUCCGUCUACCGUCUUGGGUAGUUUUGCUCGGAGCUCGUCUCCGUUUCUGGCAGAUCGUACUGUUCUGGUGUUGUUUUGCUUUGUUGCUUGUUUGGUGCUUUUCGGUCCUUCUUGUUGGUUUUCUUGGGAGGUUUUGGGACUCUCUAUCCGGAUUGGUUCUCAAUGGAGAUUCAUCAUGGAGGCAGGUUCUAUAGGUUGGGUAGUGGUAGUAGGCAGUACAAGGGAGGUGAGGUAGUGUAUGUUGAUAGAUUAGAUCCUGAUAAGAUUUCUUGGCCAGAUUUGAAUAUCUAUGCUGAAGACUUGGGUUAUAGAGAACCCCCAAUUAUGUAUUGGUUUCUGUUACCUGGAAGUAUUCAAGGAGAAGGUUGGUUACCAAUAUGUGAAGACAAAGAUGUGUUAGAUAUGUUGAAGUUUAUGUCAAGUAAUCGGAUAUUGCAGAUUUACAUUGUUGGGGGAGGUGUAAGAAAAAAAAAGGAAGCUGAGUUAGAGGAUAAGGGUGGGGGUUCUCCUAAAGAAGUUGAUCACCGAAAGUAUAUUGGCAAUGUGGUAGAAGACCUGGAAGAAGUGAUUGAUGGUGAUCUUGCUGUGACAACUUUACAUGGGGCAAAGGUUUCAAGUAAGGCAAGUGGAAAGAGAAACAAGGGAGGUAGGCCAAAGAAUAAGAAGGAUGUGGUUACUCACUUGACAAACCAGUUUAUAAAUGUCAAGGCUAGUGAGACAAUUGCAGGUGAUAAUCUAGUGGGUGAAAAUAGAAAGAGACCUAGAAUGAAGCAAAAAGCAUGCAAGAUGAAGAAGAAAUCCAGACCAUAUGAAACCAGAUUUAUGGGGGAAAAAAGUUUUGCUGAAGCAGAAGGCAUUCAAGAAGAACCUGAAACAUCUGAUAGUGAUGAUCCUAAUUUUGAAGAUAUAGUAGAUAGUGACUACGACCUUGAUGAUAAUGAUGAUGAGUUUCUGUUUAAGGCCAAUGUCGAUGGUGACCUUGAUGCUAGUCACGAGUUCAAUGAAAUGGGAUUUGCAGGUGACAUUUCGGAUGGAGAAGGUGAAGAUUCUGAGAAGUUUGAUAGUGGAACUGAUUCAACAGCAACUGAGGAUGAAGAAGAAAGAAUUCAAAGUGGCCAAAGGAAAAAGAAGAAAAGGUGGUCUAAAUGGAGAGAGUUCCAAAAAGAAGACAUGAAGAAUCCUCAAUUUGAGCUUGGCAUGUCAUUUCCAAAUUCAGAUGUGUUCAAGGAUGCUGUUAGGGUGUUCUCAGUGAAGACAAAAAUGCAGUGA